CUAGGUGUGAUGAUUAUUGGCUGCGGCCUGUUGUUAGUAGGCUCUCCUCUCUAAGAGACUCGGGAUGAAGGCGCAAUACGAUUCUAGAGCUCUGGCAGAACGAAAUCUGGUGGAGAUGUAUCUAACCAAUGGUUCGGGUGGUGGGGGGAAUAAUGUGAGCUACGGAGGAACGGGGUAUGGAUAUACCCACCAAGGUGGCCAAGGGGGCACCGAAGGAGGAGGAGGAGGAGGAGGAGGAGGAGGAGGGGGGGGGUACACGAAUGGUAACAACGCUGUGAUUAAUUCCGUCGGGGUCUGCUAUAACUGCGGAAAACCAGGCCACUAUGCGCGCGAUUGUUGGUCGAAGAGAGGACGGCCCUACCAGCAGAACUACAACCAACCGGAUCCUAAGUUAGAAGAAAUUAAGGAACAUCACAGACAUGCAUGGCGGGAGAAACAAGAGCUAGAGGAGAAGCGGAAGGCGGAGGAGGAAAAGAAGACCAAGGAGGAAGAGGAACUGCGAAAGAACCAGGAUUUUGCCAAGAAGAUGGAAGAGUUGCGACUGCAGUUGCGCAUGGAUCUGAACGAGGAAUGGCGAUGGAGGGAGCAGGAAGCAACCGCUGCGGUAAGAAACACGAAGAAUAACGAACCACCGAUCGAUAGAAAUCGGAAAUACAGGAAGAGCAAACGAAAAGGAAAGAGAUCCAAGAGGGGACGGUAUUCCGGCUCAAGUGAUGAAUCCUACUCAGAGACCGAAUUCGGAUCGGUCUCCACCGUAUCGACAUCCUCAUCGGAGGAGGAAGGCAGCAAAGGAAGAUGUCGGCGCAAGAAGGAGAAGGGGAAGAAGCGCGGCACUAAGAAGAGAGUUGAAAAGCAGACGAACAGAAAAAAGGUUGUCUCGCCGGUGGAUCUUACUCCGAGAUUCAAACGAGGCGAGUGUUCGAACCACGGGACAGUUAUACUCGAGAAAGUACAAGGGGAACAGGGACUAAACGAGGAGGACCGAGAUGACAGAGAGGAUGAGCCGAAGACGCCACUCACAGGAGGAUACAAGGGAAUUUCGGCGGGAUGCUCCCAGAAGGGGCUGAUAGAGUACUGCAUUUCUGCCCAUAAGAUCUAUUCAUGAAAGAGCGCGCCGGAUCUUCGUAAGCUAUGUGAUAA